UAUUCUAUCGCUAGUUAAAUAAGUCGUUUUCUUUACAGACGACAGACCAUCUGGCUUGCGAAAUUUAGUUUCAUUGACCCGGUUUUGUGUUGCUCCUAGAGGUUUUCACAGAGCUCUGUGGCCAGCUAGCGAUCUCUCAAUCCUUCCCGAUACUUCAUUAUGCAUCUGGUCUGAAGUACAGAGCACGCCACGUCAUAUCUAGCUAUCGUCUGCUGGAGAACUACAUCCAGGCAAGAACGCCGCGCAGAGUAGAAAGGAUCGUUAUCGUCGGUUUCAUUCGUCAUGGACCAAGAAACAAAUGACCUGGACGAUAGCAGCGCCUUGCGGGCUGAUUCGCCUCUCGACAAUCCCCUGCAGUGUCGUUACUGUGGCAAAGUUUUCACUAGAAUAUACUAUCGGAGAGAACACGAGAGGAUACACACUGGAGAGAAGCCGUUUGCCUGUAGCAUUUGUGGGAAAAAAUUCAACAGCAAUGGCAGUUGCAAAAAGCACGAGAAGAUACACCUCAGAGCUGAGGAAAGUGUCCCCAUGGAAUGCAGUCACUGCGGCAAAAUGUUUGAUGACAUGCAAGAUUUUCGUCAACACAUGAAGACUCAUGAUGGAGCAAAGCCGUAUAGAUGCAAAAUAUGCGGACGUUCUUUUGGAUUUGAGGCCGUUUUAAAGAAACAUUUACUGUUUCACAAUGGCCAAAAACCAUUCCAAUGUCUAGUAUGUUCUGCUGCAUACUCCACUGCUAAUGACCUGCGUAUGCACGUAAAAUCCCAUACUGGAAACAAACCCUACAAAUGUCGAUACUGCAACCUCAGUUUUCCAAACAGUCGACGACGGAACAUGCACGAGCGAUGUCACGAGAAAUCUAGCGAAAACAAAUGUAACAAAUGUGGAGCAACAUUCAUGAACUCCAAUGCAUUAGCAACGCAUGUGGCUAAUAGCGAUAUACACGGGGUUUGUCGGAGUAUGGAUGCAGAGCCGGAUCACGGUUAUGACGACCAGAUGUCGGAGAGUUCCAAAAGCUCCAAUACGGCAAGCUCCGGCCUCGAUCGUUCCAUGACAUCUGAGGUAGAUAUUGGAAUGUUGGGGAAAGAAUACGAGAGACCCAGCAGCGCUCUAUCAGGAUCUCACGAUAGUGGUUUCCAUUCAGCUAGUUACAACGGCGCCAAUGAAGGCGUGUAUCCCACCUCUCUUCUUCACGCAACAGAAAACGGUAUCGUCGUCAAGCAGGAACAAUUAGACGGCGAGAGAGCGGCAUUCUCACCGGCAAGUGCAAGUUCCGAUCCAGAAUUGUCCACUGCCUCUAACCUAAGCCACAAAUCCCACCGUGCAUCUGUUGAAUCUGACCACACGAGCAACCAGGAUUACAGUGGUCAGUUUACUGUUGUUUCUAAAGACUCAAAGCAGGUACAGACGGACCCCGGCAUAUACACCAAUUCUCUGCUAUCUCAGCUUGAAUCGUUGAAGCAGAUUCACGAGUGUAAGAGCUGUGGUAUCCUUUUCAGGAAUUACUCCAUGUUUCUUGUCCACAAGACCCUGCACGUGGACCCAGCACGCCCAUUUGUCUGUCACCUCUGUGGAGAAGAGGCUCGAGAUAACGUAGACUUCAAUGCUCACCUAAUUUGGCACAUGAAAUGAACAUUAAACACCGAUGGUAUUCAAUGCCCACCCAAUCUUGGCACAUGAAAGGAACAUUAAACACCGAUGGUAUUCAAUGCCCACCCAAUCUUGGCACAUGAAAGGAACAUUUAACACAGACCGUGUUAUAUCACGACUAAGUAGUUAGACUUUUUCAAAAAUAGUACAGAUGUUGUUUCCUUUUUAUUUGAAGUUUCGCCCAAGUCAAACUGGUUUGAUUUUUUAUACAUGUUCUAAUUUGUUUUUAUUUCAUAAAUACAAAACCAUAUCAAUCAUCUCUAUUUAAGAUUCUUCUGAUGAAAAUUAUGUAAAACUAUGCUAAAGUUCCAAGGAAAUAUAACAGUGUUCUCUCAACGCUCUAAGACAGAAGUAAUACUUGAACUCGAUUUGAUUUUUUUCUACAUGAAGGAACAUCCAUGGUGUGAUGACAUGACAGCUAAUUUUAAGUUGUAUAUAAUUACUUCAAUAUAAUCAAUUACUGCUCCAUGAAAAUACCAUGAUUUAUUGAUGAUGAUUAAUGAAAAAGAUUCACGCAUUAUUUUCCUUUGAAGUGUUUAAAAACACUUUUCCAUUUCUCGGCAUUGUUCUGCUUCACUACCGGUAAUUGCACUUGCAACAGACUUGAGCCAUUUGGUAGAUGUAAUCCACAAGACAGAAAUAUACCCCCCCCCCCAAAAAAAAAAACCCCACACCAACAACCAAGAAAAACAAACAACGCACGACAUGCUGACUGAAUAUUUUUUGUCUUUAAAAGUCAUGUCAGUUUUCUUGGGUGGAACCUAUAAAAUGAGUUGUAAACGUGUGAUGUGUCAAUACAUGUAUAGUGCAAUUA